CCCAACGGCACGCUGGGGGCCGAGCUGGAGCGCCGCUGGGAGAGCCUGGUGGCGCGCUCGCUGGCGCGCCUGCCGGUGGCCGCGCAGCCCAAGGAGGCGGCCGUCCAGGGCGGCGCCGGCGACUACCUCCUGGGCAUCAAGCGGCUGCGGCGGCUCUACUGCAACGUGGGCAUCGGCUUCCACCUCCAGGUGCUCCCCGACGGCCGCAUCGGCGGCGUGCACGCGGACACGGGCGACAGCCUGCUGGAGCUCUCACCGGUGGAGCGGGGCGUGGUGAGCAUCUUCGGCGUGGCCAGCCGGUUCUUCGUGGCCAUGAGCAGCAAGGGCAAGCUGUAUGGCUCGCCCUUCUUUACAGAGGAGUGCAAGUUCAAAGAGAUCCUCCUCCCCAACAACUACAAUGCCUACGAGUGCUACAGAUACCCGGGCAUGUUCAUUGCCCUGAGCAAGAACGGCAAGACCAAGAAGGGGAGCCGAGUGUCCCCCACCAUGAAGGUCACCCACUUUCUCCCCAGGCUGUGA